AUGGCUCACGGUCCCCGCGCUCUUCGCCGCACUCCCUCGAUCUCUUCUUCCGGAUCGUCUUCAACUAUGGCCACUGACUUGAAGCCAUCCCCGGGUCUUACCAAACGCUUCUUGCGGAAGAGAGUGCAGGACAACCUCCACGUGGACAGACUGGUCAAAAAAGUGCUGAAGCAGGAGAAGUCAAGAGCCAAACAGGCUCGGAGGAUGCGCAAACUCGAGAAACAGGCGAGCGGGUCGCAUUCGUCAGCGUAUGAUGCCGAUGUCGAGUCGGUGAAUUCUUCGCGCACAAUCAUCACGGCCAAGACUCGAGCUGCUAGUCCCUCAGGCUCCAAUCGUGAUCACAACGAACCCCGUCCACUCCAGCCGUCGUACUUGAGCGAGACAAUCGGGAAAUGUCAAAGCCCCUACCUCCGUGCAGCCAAGCGGUCAGGCAUCAUCACCCAGCACAAUGCAGAGGUUGAUAUCGCCGGAGAAGCGGUCCGCUUUCGGGUCGAGGACGAUGACUGGGAUGAAGGUGUGGUCAAAGAGAUGAAAUAUCGAUGGUGCGAUGGGCAAGACAUGAUAGAUGAAGAGCUUUAA